AUGCCUACUGUUACACUACCCGGAGCUCUGCUCGAUCUGCACGCCGCCGAAAAGGACCUGUGGUCUUGGCCGACUUGGGCGACGCUGGUGCGCACUGAUCACCCGCCGUGGUCACCGGAAGCCGAGGAGAACCCGCCCGAGGGAUGGGACGCGAACAUGGUGUUGGCGGUGAGGGCGUUCAUGGAAAAGUAUUUUAACACGAAAGCGAAGAACAGGUUCGACUUCAUGAAGAGGCAGACGGACGAGUACAGCAAGGGGCGCAACGCCUGGAUCCAAUGGGUGGCGGAUACGUAUCGUACGUGCAAGGUGAAUGCGAGGGUGGAUGAGAUAUUGAUAGAGGCGAACCGCGACCCGUUGACGGUAAUGCGGGCGAUGAAGACGAGCACGCUGCCGUCCGCCACCGACGCCGUGUUGUGGGCGUUUUAUGAGGUGACGAUAUACAGAGUGCUCGGGCCGGAAGGGUUGUAUGAGAACCGGAUGCCGAAGAAGGGACCGAACGAGUUCAUCAGCGUGCUGCUGAUCCAUUGCUGGGAGAGGUGGAGGAAGGUGGUGAAGCGGGACCAGACGGCGAUGAAGAAGAAGCGGGCCGAGGUAGACAGGCUGUGGAAAGAGAUGUCGGAGAAGACGCUGACGAAGAAGGACCUCCGCUUGUUCCUAUCUACAGGCCGGGUGCCUUACGCUACGGUACCUCCUGGGCCGGCGCUUAUCGCCCUAGGGAAGGGCGCGCGCGCACCUAGGGCCGGCGCGCCAGUUGCCUAG